CGUAAACUGUGUCAAUGACAUUUAUUGAUACAAGAGGACGCGUGGCAAUGUGAAGAUUUUAAUUACUUUUGAUACAAUUUGAUGCGCAAAAAUGGAGCACAAAAAACACGGUCACGGGCAACAUAAAGAUCGUUCAAAACUAAGUGUUAAAAAGAAUCAUGAUUCAAAGGAUCAGGAGGACAGACUUACAGAAAUAUCUAGUAAAAUAGAUGAGACCGAUGAAAUGAAGCUGAAAAUGCUCGCGGCGUUUGAGAAGCCAGAGCCAGAAGACAUGCUUUACCCACCAGAAUUAAAUGAACACUUGAUUGCACAGCUUAGGAUGAUGACAUCAGAAAACAACGAGCUACGCAAAUGCCUAUUCACAAAAGACCAAGACAUAAAAGAGCUCAACAAAACGAUCGUAGAUCUAAAUCAGAGGAUCCGUGACAUCAUAUCCGGAACCGGUCCAGCAAUAUCCUCGAAAUCAGCCGGAAUCAUCAGCGCAAAGAUAACAGAGUUAUGCAAACAAAACAGGCAUUUGGUCGCCGAAAUCGAAAGCUACAAAACGAAAAACGCAGCUUUAGAACGAAAAGUAAUGCAACUUGACAUUCUCAGAAAGGAACAAGAGAACCUCGACAUAUGUCUAUGCAAAGAGGAACCAAUUGACGCAAGCCCUGAUGAAUUAAAAGAACUGAAUAGCAAACUCGCCACCGUGAACAGAAAACUUUACGACAGCAAAAAUAGGAAUCUGGAGCUCAAAAAUGACAUUCUAAUCGCCACAAAGAUUUUACAACAAGAAUUAGGAGAUAGAUUCACAAGUAUCAAGGAGUUGCAGAAUGAUGUGGCUGGUUGGAAAGGCAGAGCCCAGCAGAUUGUUUUGCUGCAAGCUAAGAUUUCUGAACUUGAAGAAAGGCUCGGUAAACAGAAGCCUGACAAAGAAGAUGCCACUAAAAACAAAAAUCAAGCUCAGAUCAUACGUGAGUUAGAAGCGAAAAGGAAAAAGGAAAUCGACCAAGCCUUGAAAGAAAUGGAAUCUCUCAAAGAGGAGAAUCAGGAUUUGAAAAGGAGGUUGGACGGUGCGAAGUGUAGGAUCAGGAACUUGGAGUGCGAUGCCACUAUAAUAAGACAGAAGAUGCAAACCUUUGUGGAGAAGAGCAGUCAUGAUGAUUUGCUUAUUAACGAGCAAAGAAACCAAAUCAAAAGUUCAGAACUAUACUACCAAGAUAUUCUCAAAGAGAACACAGCAAAGAUGAACAAAAUGAACUUAGAAAUCAGCGAAUAUCAAAAACUGAUCAAAAAUACCGAUGCCAAAAUUGAUGCUUUGCGCAAACAAGCUUCAGAGAAAGCCACCAAGAUCGAGGAGUUGAGAGCACAACUUUUAAGAUACGAGGAGUGCUCUUUGCAAAGCAUUUUCUUUACUCCAAUGAAGACAGCAACUGACAACGAAAUUAAAAAGCUUUCCGAACUAGUUGUAGUACUGAACGCAAGACUAGACACAGAAAGACACAAAUGGGAAGAAUUAGAGGCCGCUAACAGAAAAGUAAAAGAACGAAAAAAGAGGUUGGAAAAAAGAUUCGCUCUCAUGGAAGAAGAACUUCGAAUUUACAGAGACUCUAGGAGGGGAUCAAGGGCGUCGAAAGGUUCCGUUCAUAAGGAACAACACUUUGAUGCAGGAUCGAAUGUUUCGAAAAAACAUUCGUCAACCACAAACGGUGGCGACAAACCAAGUGAGAGUUCUAAUUCUGAAUCUCUUCCUGCAGAAGAACUUGACAAAGAUGAACUGAAAUACAAAUUAGAGUUGACAGAAGAAAAAUUAAAAAUCUUAGAAGAUAAACUCAAGAUGAUUGAAGAGGAGAAGCAGUACGACUACAACCAUUUGACCGAAAUGAUUCAAACGUCAAAGCAAUUGUUCAAUGAGGCAUUGAUGGUGUUGCAAAGAGAGAAGUGCCUUUGUUCUUAGUUAUUUUUUUAAUUAUAUAUUUUAUUUUUUCUUAAUAAAUAGUUUUGAGAAUGUAUU